GUUUGUUUUAAUAAUACUAUCAUCUCGAGGAUUUCCAACAACUUAAAGCGACAUUGCUGAACUCAGAGUUGCAUCACUGAUAGCUGCCAGACGAUGAAGUACUUCGUUUCGUUUUCUCAAAUGGAUUCAGAUUUUGCUUUGAAGGCCGCGGUCGAUCGUCCGGAAACCGUCGACGAGAUGGAAGAGCGUCGCGCAUUACUGUUCGAAAACAGCGCAUUUUUCCAUAAAGUUGUCGGUUUGUGGCCAAAAGAGGAUCAACCGUUGGGUAACUUUCGAGCUUUGAAAUGUCAUGCUGGCAUUUUUUCUACGAUUGCUAUCGCCAUCAUGCAGUACAGCGUAUUGGCAGUCAACGAUGACAAAAGCAGGAGGGCUGAGUUCUCCAUAGAGGCGGCAAUAGCAAAUAUCGCUUUCAUGAAAAUUCUGCCGUGCAUACUCAACAGAAAGAAAAUGAUAGAGCUGUACCACAAGACACUGGAAAUCAACACGUAUUUAAAAGAGUCGUCGGCAGAGAAGAGAAUCGCCUACAAGUGGCUGAGCUUACAGGUCAAAUUGAUAAGCGGCAUGAUCGUGUCGUACGUUCUUGUGGUUUCCAUGUACUUUUCUUACCCGCUGUACAGAGGCGAUAUCAUUCCUAUUUGCUCGGAGCUCGUGCCAAAAGUGCUUCACCGAUUUCCCUGGAAUAUAUUUGUCUACGUGGCCGAAUUUGCAUUGUGUGCUCUUCGACUAAUCGAAAUAACGUCGUGCGACGCCUACCUCUUAAUUUUCAUGUGCCAACUUUGCAGCGAACUACAAAUCGCGGGCAACGCGAUGCAGGAGAUCGGCAUGCACGACAAACGGUCAAUUUACCGAGCAGUGAAGAAGCACAAAAGGGUACUGGAAUAUGGGCAAAUGAUAUGCAUGGAGUUCUCCUCGGCAGUUGUUAUUCAGCAUCUCGGAAUGUCCAUCGGCAUAUGCUUUUCAGCGAUUAGCAUACUUUACACACGAGAGCAGGGACUCAUGAUCAAAUUUGUGUCGAUCGGAUUGCUGAUGGCCUUCGAAGUACUGCUUCUGUGCUUCGUUGGGGAAAUCAUUGUCGGAGAAAGUCUGAAAAUUGCCAACUAUCUGGAAAACAAAUACGAGGACUUUUUAGACGACACGACGUCGCUAAAAACAAUGAGAUUCAUGUUAUUCCGAUCGCAGAGGCCUUUAAACCUGAGAGUUGGCGGUAGCACCGUUAUGAACCUCAACUUGUUUAGACUGACUAUGAACAAAAUUUUCUCUUGUUUCGUGAUUUUGAAAAGAGCAUUGGCGGAAUAAUCAAAAAACUAAAGUCAGCUUACUUUGAAAAUUGAUCAUCGUGCUUUUUUAAUCUAAAAAUAGUUGCAAACUGCUUGAAAUAUUACAUGUAAUUCACUCGGUCACUAGAAAUUCGAAGCGUGCACCAAGCCAAUAAGCACGUACUGUAUUGAAGAGACGAAG